AUGGCUGUACCUGGUUUCAAAGAUGUUCCUGAUCUUACUGGAAUCUGGGUAUUGAACCGAAAGCUUUCAACCGAUCCAGAUGAACUUUUCGUCUUGCAAGGCGUACCUUGGGUUGUCCGAAAGGUCUUGCGACACGCCCGGCUUUCAUUGCAGAUCCACCAGACCACUUCACUAUCCAAGGAAAGCACAUGCAUAGAUGCAAGCUCCAAAAGUUCUGAUUUGGCCGACAAUUUGAAACUAGUCACAACUCUUCAUAUGACACAAACUGUCCACCCAGGGGGCUUUGACAGCAAAGGAAGUUACUCGGUCGACGGAACUCCGCAAGACGUUUCGCUGCCUAUCUUCGGAGAUGUUCAGAUGCAACUCCAAUUUAUUGACAGAUCUGAUAUACUGGAAGAUUCCAUUCGUCAAACCCUGGAGGCGGCUAGCUUGAGCGACAAGGUCAUUCAAGAAUUGGCCCACAAUGCUUCAAAGGGAUGGGACGCGGAAGUGAUUUGGGGAUUUGAAGAGCUCGAGGGAAAGAAAUGUAUGACACGGAACAUUAACACGACCAAGGAUGAGAAGAAGGUGAUUGCUAAGAUGGUUUAUGAUGGUCCAAAUUAG